GUCUGAGUCUUCAGCGCUGGCAAGGGAUAAUAAACUGCCUUUCCGCAGCAAUACGUGGUGAAAGGAAGAGCCCGCAACAGAGUGGACUUUCACAGAAGAUUUGGGUGUUUUGAACGCAGGGUCUUCCCUGAUUGGUCGUGAGGUUCUAAGUGGGUAAAGCUGCUACUGUGGCAUUACUCACCUUUGGAUGUGAAAGAGGCAGCAGGGUCGCACUGAAGAAAGAAGCUUUUGGAUCCAUCCAACAUAUCCUAAACACAGAGGGGAGGUCAAAUUUCACCUUGAAGUCUGAUUUACAAGAGUGAAAAGAUCCAAAGACUGACGGAUUGAAAGCAUUGUUCGACAGUUCAAAAGGAGAGCAGGCAAGAAGUCAAAGACCAUGAGUUACAGCUGUGGCAAGCGACACUAUAACCCUAUAACACGGACCACGUAAAAUGGAGACUAUGUUUGGCAUUAUGGUUCCUGAACAGCUGUGACUGCCCUCGAGACACGUUUUUCCCAGAACCUGUGUCUUUGUAAUCCUAUUGGCCGCCCAUCUCCCGUGAUCAUUUUUUCUUAUUUUGAGCCCUAACCUCAUUCGUUUCCCUCCUUGAUAAAAAAAAAAAAAAAAUCCAGUUUUUGGUCCAAAAAUGGCCUGCAGGUUCAGCUUAACUUGUGCAUUUCCACCCUCCUUUCUCAUCCUCUCCCUCCCUAUUUUUCUCUUCCUCCAUGCGCCUUCAUUCGUGAGGGGUGACUGCUGGCUAAUUGAGGGGGAUAAAGGCUACGUGUGGCUGGCAAUAUGCAGUCAGAACCAGCCUCCAUAUGAGACAAUCCCACAGCACAUUAACAACACCGUCCAUGACUUACGGCUGAAUGAAAACAAGCUCAAGGCAAUUUUCUUCAGCUCCCUCAGCCGAUUUACCAACCUUACCGACCUCAACCUCACGAAGAACGAAAUCUCCUACAUUGAGGACGGUGCCUUCGCAGGACAAGCCAAUCUCCAGGUCUUGCAGUUGGGAUAUAACAAGUUAACCAAUCUCACAGAGGGCAUGUUGCGAGGGUUGGGUCGAAUGCAGUGCCUAUAUCUGCAGCAUAACCUUAUAGAGGUAAUUGCAAUCAAUGCCUUCUGGGAGUGCCCAAGCCUUAGCAGUCUCGAUCUUUCCUCUAACAAAUUAGCAAAGCUGGAUUCAUCCACCUUCACCGUUUUGGGUGGGCGGCUGAUAGUGUGCGAACUGGCUGGAAAUCCUUUUCAUUGUGGCUGUGACUUGUACAGCUUCCUUAUUUGGUUGGAGGCAUUUGACAAUGUCACUCACACCUACGACAGGCUCCUGUGUGAGACGCCAAAGGAACUUUUUGGCUACCCUCUCCUGAGUCCUAGAGGUAAUCACGGAAGAAAUGCUCGUUCCAUCCUGGCAUCCAUGUGUAAAGAUGGAGUGAUUGUUACUGGCAUAACCGCCCUGCCUCCUGACUUGGACUCUUCUGGGAUGGGGGGGGAUAUUUAUGAUCAGAUGGGACCUGAUCACCAGCCCACAGCUUCUUCAACAACAGACCCCACGUAUAGUCCCACCAUUAAGUUGCAAACGGUCUCCCUCUCCACCGCAUCCCUCUUGGUUCAAAUACCCAAGCCCUACAGUAAGAUGUACAUCUUAGUGCAGUACAACCACACCUAUGUGUCAGAUGUCACAAAUUUAAAGAACAAGAAAGAGAUUGUCACACUAAACAACCUAAAGCCCCACACAAAUUACACAUUUUGUGUUGCCUCUAUUCGCAAUUCACAGCGAUACAAUCACACUUGCCUGUAUUUUGCAACUCGGGCUCCAGGGCCUGAUGACUUGAAAGCAAGCCCUUCUACCACCACCCAUUACAUUAUGACCAUUCUAGGCUGCCUGUUUGGGAUGGUCAUUGUGUUGGGCUUGGUGUAUUACUGCUUACGCAGGCGUCGAAUGCAGGAGGAGAAAGAAAAGGCAAUUAGUGUUAAGAAAACAAUUUUAGAGAUGCGCUAUGGGCCAGAAGUAGCUGCUGCAGCAGCUAAGGAUCCUUCAGCCUUGCAGAAACUCCAUGACCAGUCCCAUCAUCAACACCACCACAGCAAGCUGACCCAGUCAGCAUCCUCCAGCUUGGGCAUCCUUCACGGCUCAGCCAACACCACCUCUUCUCGACUUUCUUCCCUGCCUCAAGUGGAGAAGAUGGCUACAGCUUUCUCAGAAGCCAUGGCCGCCAAUAAGGGCAACUACAUGGAUGUACGAACGCCAGCAGGAGGAGAGGAUCGAAUGAGAGAUGGAGUAGUAACAGGGUCAAGGGAAGAAAUCACAAGGAAUGAAAAUGGGAUUAACGGAGGAGAUGACUCUGAUGAUGACGGCCAAGAUUCAACAUCCGAGAUCUCCACCAUUGCCAAGGAGGUGGACAAGGUAAACCAGAUUAUUAAUAACUGCAUCGAUGCACUCAAACUAGACUCUGUAGCUGUUGUGGCGGCCACUGCGACUACAGCAGAUAACACUGCCUCUCCACCACCUCCUACUGUCUCUUCCUUAGCCAGGGGGCUAAUUCCACUUUCCCCUACCAUCACAGAGGCAUGCCAGAUCAUGUCGUCCCCAAAAAUCCGCCCCCCUCCUCCUGUUCCUCUUGUUUUGCCCCUUUCUGAGCGGCCCGGCAUCAGCGGAGGGGGCUUUCUCUCCCCUCCCUACAGGGACCCACCCCCAGCUACGGCAUCACGGCCCUUGCAGAGGCAACUCAGUGCGGAUGCUGCAGUUGUUCCCAUCAACUCUGUUAAAAACCGCUGCAGCGUUUCUUCCGGUGGCUCUGUCAAAAGUGCUCGGGUCUUCAGUCUGGACGUCCCUGACCCUCGAAGCCCAGAGUCAUGCAAGUACCCUGGGAAAGGCAGCCCUAUUCGGUGCGGGGAGCCAGUAGAGAGGUUGCCCUUAAUAGGUGUUCAGGGAGUCAGUAAUGGCAGAGGAGAUGGUGGCAGCGGGGGUGGAGGGGGAGCCGGUGGUGGCAGUGGUGGUUCGGGUGGGUGUGGUGUUGUGGUCGGAGGUGGGGGCAGCACAACUCAGCAGCACCACUUGGAGGUGCACCCAGACUACCACUGCUCAGAGCACCGACACUCCUUCCCCGCCCUCUACUAUGAGGGUGCCACUGACUCCCCUGCCCAGAAAGCCUCCUUUCUAAAGCCUCUCACUCGCACCAAGAAGGACACUGCCUACUCCCAGCUUUCCCCCCGCCACCACAAUUACUCAGGGUAUUCCUCCAGCCCUGAGUACUCCUCCGAGAGCACUCUUAAAAUCUGGGAGCGCUUCCGGCCCUACAAGAAAAGCCCCCGUGAGGAGGCCUACAUAGCCGCUGGCCACGCUCUCCGAAAGAAAGUGCAGUUUGCGAAGGAUGAGGAUCUCCAUGACAUUCUGGACUACUGGAAGGGAGUGUCAGCACAGCAGAAACUGUGAGAGACAUCAUGUCAGCAGGAAGAAAGGUUGUGGAGAAAAGAACCAGUGGCUCUUGAGACAGCUCAGCAGACUCCAUCAGCAGGUGCUUUGGUCCCUGCAGACCACCACAGAGACAAGUGUUCUGAAAGAGACAGAAUUAAGCAGGUGUUCCAAACUCAUUAAGGCAUAGAUAAGCAACCAACCAGAAAUGCACAGGAAAUGUGGCACUUAAAAAGGCAACCAGAUUCAAUUUAGAAUCCCUCCAUUUUACCUUGUGUUGCACCUGUGCUCUUUGCACUGUAGUUUGACAAGAUAAUAGUCUUAAAUGAGGGAUUAGUGGUUUUUAUUUUAAAAAUGCCCGAACAUACUCCUGAGAGAGGGUGAGAGCUGAUGCUUGUCGAGAUCAUUGUUUACAAUGUUAAUUAGUAAGAAGGAAAAAAGUUUGAAUGAAUUUAGCUUGGCGGAAGCCACAGGUCAAAAUAUAUUCCCUCCCAUUCCCUAAUCUCUGCUUAAACUAAACAUUUUCAUAGAUUCGAGACACGUUACGCAGCAUGUGUGGGGCACAGUUAUCAAACCAAAGGCAGCCAUCUGGAUAUGGUUUAUAUUAAAGCAGUCAAUUCGAUAAAACGCACAAUGUUCAUUUAUUUUUGGCAUUAAUUUGUGGCAGCCUUAGAUGCAUCUUCCUCUUCAUUUGUAGUCUUUGGUCUGUUUUUUUUUUUUCUUGUUCAAAGAGGGGAAAUACUAAUAUAGUAAUAUCUUACGUUUCAGAUUUUAAGUAUCUAGAUUUUAAGACUAGAUCUGAAAAAGAAAUUAUGAAUUUACAAGUGGUAAGUGAUAGUAAUAGGUUGAAAUAGAUGAGGUUGAUAAUUGUGUUUUAGGUCUGUUACACAUUUCCACACCCAGGUGUGAUAGUUUGCAUUGUUUAGCCUGUUGGAAGGCAAAAUUCCAAAGCUAAACUGAAUGCUACACUUUCAUAAAAUAUUAAAUCUAAUCUGGAAGCUAUAAUUUCCUCAAAUUUUAAACAGCCAUUUUUUUUUAUAUACUUUACAGUGGCCUAAGUUUAUCACAGAACACAUUGAACCAGCUUCAGCGGCUAAGUGUAGAAUGCUUUUAUUUUUUCUCCAUUGCAUUUCAAUAAUGACUCGGGUUCGUUCAACUUACAGUACAUUAAUUGAAUACUGGAGUAGCUCUUCCUUUGUCUCUCCCCAUUGAUACAGUAUGACCUUUUGUUUCUUGUUAUAGCCCACUUCUGUUGACCUGAUCUGGGUUGUGGUCAAACUAGGGAAGGUAUGAAACAAAUUCAAUUAUUUCUCACAUCUCAUUUUUUUAAGACCUUGUUAUUGUCCUUGCAUGGCUUAAUGGGGAAAAUUAAUUAGUAAUUUGCAGCAGAGGAGUCAAUGGGUCACAGAGGUGCUAAUAUUAUUAACACUGCCAGAUUGGAAAAGUGAUUGAAAUUAAUCUCACCCUUUCCGGUCAGGUCAUCACCCAGAAUGCAUCCCUGGAGUUUUGCUGGUUCACCCAUGGCAAUGAAAGGCAAGCUUUAGAUCAAUUUGCUGACUUAUAAACACCUCAAGAUCUUCAAAAUAGGCUUCUGGGCUUUGAAAAUUGAGUCAAGGACUUUUUUUUGAAGACAAAUAUUUGCGUUUGUCGUACUGUAGAUUUCAAGACCUUAUAGUUGACAUGCACUGGGUUCUCUCAGAGUGCAAGUCUCAUUAGAAUUCAGUCAGUAUAUAGAAAUUGAUCUUUUUACAGUUGCAUUUGGCUAGCUUAAAAAAAAAAAAAUGAUGAACUCUGGGAACGCAUCAAUAGCAUGUGACACCAUACUUCAAGGAUCAAAAUCAAUGCUCAGUAAUUGACACUCUCAAGCCAAAAUAAAAUGGUUUCCCUUGUGAGCCAUUUUGCUAUUUUACCUCCGAUCUACCUGAGAGCUAUAAACAAGAUGAGCAUUUAGAAAUCGGUUACCCUUAUGUUAAUGCUCAUGCUAAUGUUUUAUGUUUAGAUUAGAGUGAGAAAAGAGAUAUUGAACCGUAUGAACACACAGAUUUACGAUAAACCCACACAUGCAUAUAUUCCACCUUGUGAAAUUUCAUUUAUUCUUAUUUAAGACUCCACAAGCACCCCUCCCCCUAAACUCAGUUAGGACGGAGAUGACUUUGCUAAACAGCCUCAAGGGUUGCGUUAUUGCACUGUGGUUGUUGGGAGAUACCAAGCUAAGACAAUUGGAGAGAAAUUAUUAUGCUCUUGGAAUGUUUCGUUUAAGUAUAUCGUUGGCAUAUGGGAAUGACAGUUAUUUGUGGUUUGAUUUCCUGCUGAUAAGUUGGUUUUUGAUAACGUAUGUUUGUGUGUAUGGUCUUUAAGAUUUACAAUGUCCAUGAGAUACGUAACUGAUGGCUGACUGUGAAAACUGUGACAAACACACAACCAAGAGAACAAUCUAUACUAACAAUGGUUACAUACAGUAUAUGUACAAGUAGUAUUAGAUUUCCAAUGGGUAUGUCCAGUGAAAACAAAAUCGCUGUAUGUGUACACAUACAUACAAACACGCGCGCACAUAUACACAAACACAUAUGCAGAGUGUACAAUCUACACAUACUGUAUAAGUUUACAGACACAUAGUCUUAAAAGUGCCCUCUUGGCGCUAAAAAAGUGAUUUAUUUUAAAGGAAGGUGACAAACAUUUGUAAGGUUGAAACUGUUUGUUUAUAUGUUAUUUAUUUCUUUUAUUGUUGUUAGUUGGUGUU